AAUAUCCGUCUAAGACUACAUAUCAUUCAAGAAAAACAAUACAAAAUUACCUGUUCCUUAAAUGAAAGUGGAUACUCUUUAAUAAAGAAGGACAAAAUAGACAUAUUCCCGUGACGUCACGCGUAGUUACACGAAGCCGAAAUUUUUUCUCAAAAAUGGGACUCUUGGCAUUACUACGGAAGCUUAAAUCAAGUGGUGGAAAAGAGUUGCGUAUAUUAUUGCUUGGUUUAGACAAUUCUGGUAAAACUACAUUACUAAAGAGUUUAGCAUCAGAAGACAUUUCACAUAUCACUCCAACACAGGGAUUUAACAUCAAAACAGUGCAGUCAGAAGGAUUUCGUCUCAAUGUUUGGGAUAUAGGAGGCCAGAGAAAAAUUCGACCAUACUGGAAAAAUUACUUUGAAAAUACAGAUGUGUUGAUAUAUGUAAUAGACAGCUCCGAUAGAAAAAGAAUGGAAGAAACCGGAGAGGAAUUAAAUGAAUUGUUAGAUGAAGACAAGUUGUGUGGUGUACCUCUGUUAGUCUAUGCCAACAAGCAAGAUUUAGAUUUUGCUGCAUCUGCAGCGGACAUAUCAGAUUCCCUGGGUUUAUCUUCUAUAUCAGAUCGUGUUUGGCAAAUACAGGCUUGUAGUGCACUUAAAGCUGAAGGAGUUAAAGAAGGUAUGCAAUGGGCAAUGAAACAGAUAGACAGUAAAAGUAGCAAAGGCAAGAAGAAAUGAUAGAAGGACAAUAUUAACCUAUGUUAUAUAUACACAAAUAGAUACUACACCAUGGUUACAAACUGGUCUAAUGAAUGUUGGAUAAAAACAUAUCACUAUUUGAUAUUGUAGUUUACUGUAGUCAUGUUCAUUGAAAAAGUGCAUUGUCAGCAUCUGAUCAAUGUGCUUGCAUUUUUUUUUCUACUUGAAAAGUUGGGACUGCAAGACAAAUCACAGAAGACAGUGGAUUUUCUUUUUUUUUAUCAUUGUUAGUUGAUCUCUGUAUAUGAUGAUUGAUUAAUGGUUGUAUUUAUAAAUGUACAUGAUUGUGUAAUUACAGUUUAAAUCAAAUCCUGUAGAGAAAAUGAAAUAUUGCAAACGUGUGUCCCGUAAAUGUAGAAUUAGAGCAAACCAAAGAUUUCAAUUAAGUUAUCAUUUGACAUUGGGUAUACAUAUUUUGUUCAUGCACAUAAAAUAUAUUGUUUCAAACAUGGUCACAGGAAAACUUUAUCCUGCCUUUUGAAAGUUUCUUCAUUCUGGUAAUUUUGAAGACUGGGCAAAUAUUGUUGAUAUUUAUUUCAAGAAUUUCUGAAGGUGUUAACAGUAUUUGCAUAUUUUUAACGUGUUAAAUGCUGUCUUUUUCCCUUCACAAUUUUACAUUAACAUUCCAUUUUUAUAGGAAAUUUUGUUGAAAAUGCUUACCUCAGAUUUGUAUCAGUCUCUUUUUAAUUAGAUUGUAAGACUGUUGUUAAAAUAUAAUAUAGGAAAUAUUCUGGAAUAUCAUUCUCUCUGAUUUUUGGAAGUUUUAUAAACUUUCGACUUCACAUAAACUUUAUAUGUAAGGUAUGUAUUUCUCUGCAGUUCUUCACAUAUUUCACCUAUCCAGCUACAGGCUUGUCAUCACUGAUUUAUAAAACUAGCUGACUUUAUUACUUUGAAUGGUCAGACGAAUGGGAAUACUCUUUAAAGAUACACUAUGCCCUGCCUUUGCCAGAAUAAUUUAUCUUUAUUGAAUUAAAUAUAGAAAAUCCUAAUGAGAUAUGUUUUAUUUGGCCUGAGAUAUGUAAACAAAGUUCUUAGAGAAGCAAUCACAAAGGUUUUCUAGCAACAGUCUGUUAAAUCAACUUUCAUAUUACAUUUUUGUGGCCUUAUGUUUACUUUUUCAUGUAUGGUACUUUAAACCUAGCAUACAGUGCUGUUUGACAUACAAAGAAAUAUUUGUUCUAUGUUAACAUCGAUAAUAGCAAAUAAUUGUUCAUAUUUCCAAGUAUGAAAUUUUGGCAAUAUAUCUUUAAGAAACAGAAAUAUUGUUUUGAUACUGAAAUAUUCAUUGUUUAAGAUGGCAUCCUAUGUAAGCGAAAUUUAAAUACAGUAUAACUCUUGAUUCCGUCCUGCAGUUGUCAUAUCAGAUUUAUUGUCCUAUAUUUGGGUAUAACAUGUAGAAAUGUGCCAAAGUGUGGUUUGAAACAGACAUGUACCGCUACUCUGUCAUUUACUAGAUACUAUGAAAUCAUUUCAUUUUGUUGGUACAAACAUUCAUUGUUUAAGUCAGAAUGGCUAUUUCAUAGGGAUAAUAGUUUGGGGAUUUCAGAAUUGGAUUAUAAAAUGAUUGGAAAAUUUUAUUGUGAUUUUAUUCAGUGGAUAUACUCAAUCAUGAAGUCAAUGAAAAUUACUUGUGCACGAACAUUAAUGAUUUCAUGGUAUCUGAAUCUUAGAGCCUGUUUUUACCCACUUUUCUCUUUUUGUUGCAAUUUUGAUAAUUCUGCAGUAGGUAUAUAGAGACAAGUUAAGGAUAUUUUUUAUGUUUAUUGUACUUAAUAUGCUUAUUUCUAUCAUCCGUCCAUGUUGUAAUGUAUAUGUAUCACAUUUUGAUCUGUAUUCAUCUAUUGACAACAUUAUUAAUGACAUUUUUAUUAUUUGAAUUGUGUGUAUUUUAAUCACUUUAUUUCUACUCAGAAUAUUGAAUUGUUUGUGCAGUCAUCAGUGUAAAAAAGUCACCAUCAGUUGUAUUUUGCAUUUAGUAAUUUCUUUCCAAACAGAUAUUGUCAACUUGUUGCUUUGGAUUCUAGCACUGUUUCUAGAUAUACAGUAAAACAGCAACUGCUCAGUCGACAGGAGGUCCUUGAGUUAUUUAUGGAUUUGAGUGAUCAGAACAGAGAAAAUUUAAGAAAAACAUGAUUUGUUUGAGUAAGCAUUGGUUCUUGAGCAGUUGAUGCUCUAGUAAGCCGUGUUUCACUGUAUUGACUGACUUUUUCUCGUAAACAAACUUCUAAUUUGCAGGAUGCAGUUGUGAAUAUUUUCAUUUUUGUAGAGAUUAAUACAAAAUGUACGCCUGAUUUUAAAAGAUAAAGAAGUUGGUAUCAAAUUCUUGAGAAUGUUGGCUUGUUCAUGAUUUCAAAACUGUUGUAUUUGAUUCAUUGUUUUUGUACUUUACUGUAUAAUUUAAAGAAUUUUAUUAUUAAUUAUGAUUAAAGCCUCUUUUGAAAAAUGUAUGUCUAACAGAAUAUUGAGACGACUUCAACUUUUGUGGAUUUAGUUCUCUAUUACCAUAAUUAUAUCCCGUUACAUGAUAAGUGGUAAUUAAAACAUGCACCAAGAUAAAAUCAGUAUGUUUUGAUAAAAUCAUCCAAAAAAAUGUGAACAAUUCUUUUCAAGUACUUUUUAAAGUGGUCAUCAUAAUAUAUUGUGUAUACUAUUCUCUUGGUGACAAGUCUCAAUUCUCUGAAGACAAAUACUGUUUAACACCAUAAGUGCUCUUUUGUCCUGUUGUAUGUUCAACAUUUACUUAUGAAAUCCUGUUUUCUUUUAAUUACAUGUAUAGACAGAAUUAGUUUUAAUGACUUUAUAACUGAAAAAGAUUAGUUGCUCAUUAAGGUGAUGACAAGGAAUGCCAAUAGAUACAUACUAAUAGGUACACUUAGUACCUCCGACAUGGUUAAUAAUGAUGUGCUACCUUUUCUUUGAAAUCUGAACCGGCAUUUGUGGAUUUAGUUCUCUAUUACCAUAAUUAUAUCCCGUUACAUGAUAAGUAAAACUAAAACUAAAGUAUGGUAUCUAAUCCAAUUCUGUACCUACUUUUCUCCUCAAAUCAGAAAUAAACAUUUCAGCCUACAAUAUUUUCCUGUAUUGGAUGUGGGACAACAAAGUUCCCAUUUUAACUGAAAGACAAGUUGAAGCUGCUAAUGGAUAAAUGUAUAUGUAUGUUAUUCAGUAUUGAUAAAGGCUAGACGCAGUGUUCUUAUCUGCAUACUUUUACAUUAGUUGUUUCAGUCACGGAAUUAUGCCUAUUUGCAUUUUUCAUUUACAGAAAAGGAUUAUUUUUCUGUUCAAUAAAAUAUAUAUUUAUACUAUGCCAAUCAAGAAAAAAACAUUCUUGGUAUGAUUUACAGAUGGGUACUUGUCCAAUUUUAUCACCAUAUUGUACAAUAACAGAAGAGCAUUAAAUAAAUUAAUAAUGUUGGGUAGACUAUGUACAUCAUCCGCUUUAGAUACGAGACAGAUAUUUUGUCACUGUGUUUAAUUGCAGUUGUCUGUUUUACUUACAUUGGCAGUAUACCAUGUAUGGAUCUUCACCUAUAUUUUCAGUAGGUCACCAGGUCAGAUAAAGAUGAGCACUUGUACUAAUUUCAUUGUAAUAUUUAGUAUGAUGUAAGUUAAUGUGAAAUUCAACAUUAAAGUCUUUGAAAAUCA